UCUAUGUAUAUAUAUAAACCAAAGUACAUGUAAUCUUUCACCAUUCACACAUACCAAAGCAAAAACAUGGAUCGUCGCACGAUGUUGUUUUUGCUUCUCACAUUGGUAUCUACCUUCUCUGUAGUCCAAAUCUCCUUUGCUCAACUAGUUCCUGCGAUCAUGACAUUCGGAGACUCUGUAGUUGAUGUCGGCAACAACAACUACCUCCCGACCAUUUUCAGAGCUGAUUAUCCUCCUUAUGGCCGUGAUUUCGCUAACCACAAACCCACCGGGCGUUUCUGCAACGGCAAACUAGCUACUGAUAUUACCGCUGAGACUCUAGGAUUCACUAAGUACCCACCAGCAUAUCUAAGUCCUGAAGCUUCAGGGAAGAACCUUCUUAUUGGUGCUAACUUCGCUUCUGCAGCUUCAGGUUAUGAUGACAAAGCUGCUCUUAUCAAUCACGCGAUCCCGUUGUAUCAGCAAGUUGAGUACUUCAAGGAAUACAAGAGCAAGCUCAUAAAAAUUGCAGGAAGCAAAAAAGCUGAUUCGAUCAUAAGCGGAGCAAUCUGUCUCCUAAGUGCAGGAAGCAGUGACUUUGUUCAAAACUACUAUGUGAAUCCUCUGCUUAACAAAGUCUACACUGUUGAUCAGUACGGAUCUUUCCUUAUCGAUAACUUCUCUACAUUUAUCAAGCAAGUGUAUGGGGUUGGAGCAAGGAAGAUCGGCGUGACUUCUCUGCCUCCAACGGGGUGUCUUCCAGCUGCAAGAACCCUUUUCGGUUUCCAUGAGAAAGGUUGUGUUCAAAGACUCAACACAGAUGCUCAGCAAUUCAACAAGAAGCUUAACGCAGCUGCUUCAAAGCUUCAGAAGCAAUAUUCUGGUCUUAAAAUUGUUGUCUUCGACAUCUUCACUCCUCUCUACGAUCUUGUUCAGAACCCUUCCAAAUCAGGAUUCACUGAAGCAACCAAAGGAUGUUGUGGAACAGGAACAGUCGAAACAACUUCACUCUUGUGCAAUCCGAAAUCGUUGGGGACAUGCCCCAAUGCUACUCAGUAUGUGUUCUGGGACAGUGUUCAUCCCUCUGAAGCUGCCAAUGAAAUUCUUGCCAGUUCUUUAAUUGGACAGGGCUUCUCUCUCAUCGGUUGAUGAUAGACCUUUCAGUAUAUGUCAUAUCUUCUCUUUUCAAAUUGCUGUUUCUGUAAAACCUUGAGCCAUACAUUUGUUUCUCUUUGAACUAUGUAUCGAACCACCACUAUUUACUAAAAAUGUACUGAAGCUUACUACAAGAAAACCAAAAGUUUGAGAA